GUACACCCUCGCUGACCGUCCCUGCCUCGCCGUUCCCGCUCCUAGUGCCCGUGCCAGCAGGCGUAUCGACGAACACGAAGCUCGUCGUGCGCUCUGCUGGCCACGACGAUGGCAAUUCCUCUUUCCGGGACGACCCAUGUGUUGUGCCCGCUGUUACACACGGCAACACGGCGGACACACAGCGCUGCGCGUCUGACGUGUCCGUUUACUUGCUACUGUCUGCGCCAGCAGAGGUACCAAUGAGCAAGAAGCCCGUGGUACGUGCUGCUGGCCACGAAGACGGCGUUUCCAUCUUCCGGGACGACCUCAUGGUCGUACCCAACGUUUCGCAUGGCAACACGUCGGACGAUCGCUGCACGUCCGACGUGCCCCAUCUUCCUAUGAACCGCCGCACGGAGGGUACGUCGAGCAUACAGCUCGAUGUACACACUGUGGACGAGAGCAACUCCCCGCCUGGUGUACUGGCGAACGUACCCGGCGCGCUCGUCGACCCCUCAUGCGCGAGUGACGGUUCCGUGGUGCGCCUCACGACCGUGCACCCAGUACACACGUCACCAGCCGCAGUGCCCGCGUCGGAAGGCAACACAACGACCAAUGAGUGCAUUGCGUGCCUCUCCGUUGUCAAGAACGGGAUGCUGGGCCCAUGCAGCAGCACGGCCAUUGUGCCUGCUGCUCCCACUUCGCGAGACAACACGUCUGGAGAGUCUCCGAGUUCUACCAGGCCGUCUCCCCCUUUUCUUGUGCCACCGCACGCAGCGGAUACGCCGAGCUCGUCGCUCGAUGUGUCCCCCCAGGACUUUCUUGUGGAUGUGCACGAAGCACGCAAGUCUGUGCUCGCCGCCCUCCACCAUAUCCAUAACUCAUAUAGUGAUGCGCCUGGGGAACUUCUUGGUUCUGCCGGACCGUCCUAUUCUUCCUCUAUGCCCUUUCGUGCUCUGUGCACGUCGAGCCCUCCACUCGAUGUGCUCACGGCCGACUUCCGGGGCGUGCGCGACACAUCCACAAGCGUGCUCGCCGCGACCCCUCAAGCUUCCGUCUUGAUGCAGACGUGUCCGGUGUCCACACCGACGCAUGGUACAACGAGCACCGAG